AUGUGCAAGGUAUUCCCCACGACGCUCACAGGACCAGCACGGGCGUGGUUCAAUAUUUUGGAAGCUGGAAGUAUCAGAAGCUUCGAGGACUUGGCCAAUGUAUUCAUUAGUCGGUUCAUAGCAGGAGUGCCGGCAAACAGAAAAUCCAGUUACUUGGAAACAAUCAGGCAAAGGAGGAACGAAUCAUUGAGGGAGUAUGUAGCCCGUUUCAAUAUGGAGGCCCUGCAGAUCCCCGAGCUAGAUGAAGGCAGAGCAGUGGAAGCCAUACAGAAAGGGACAACCUCCCCCGAGUUCUUCGACUCGUUGAGUAGAAAGCCCCCUACCUCGUUGGCAGAACUGAUGAAGAGGGCAGAGAAAUACAUAAGGCAGGAUGAUGCCUUGAUGACGAGCAUAUUCGCCAAGGAGGCAGCAAACAAGGGAAAAGCCCCAGAAGAAAGGAGUCCGGAAAGACAUGAGAAGAGGCAAAACAAAAAGCCUGAGACAUACAGACAGCCCUGGGACCGGAGGGACCAAAGACCAUUUCCUCCGCGAGUUCCAGAGAUCCUGACCCCUCUCAAUGCCUCCCGUGCCGAAGUGCUCAUGGCAGUCCAAAACAAGGAGUUGUUCCAAUGGCCGAAGCCCAUGAAGGCUAAAGCAAGCCAGAGAUAUCCUGACAAAUACUGCCAGUACCAUCGUACACACGGCCAUGACACCAAUAAUUAUUACCAGCUGAUCAGCGAAAUUGAAAGGCUGAUUAAAAGGGGACACCUCAGGAACUUUGUGAGAAAACUCGAAGGAGAAAGGCCUCAGCAGAAUCCUACAACAGAAAGACCUCGGAGGACGGGAGUAGGACCGGUGAAUGACGGCUCCAGUGGAACCAUUAAUAUGAUCGUCGGGGGAACUGGAGGUCGGAUGAGCAGGAAAGGAAGAAAAAGGGGCCGAGAUGGGGAGGGUAGCAGUACUGAAGUCAUGCAAGUAGCAGAACAUUCCCCAACGGUCAUCUCUUUCUCCCCAGAAGAUGCCCAUGGCAUUCAAAUGCCUCACGAUGACACCUUCGUUAUCGAAGCCAUCAUUCACAACUACCAAGUCAAGAAGAUCCUGGUUGACGACAGAAGCAAGGUGAACUUAUUGCCAUACAGGGUCUUCCAACAAAUGAGAAUCCCUAAAGAGCAGUUAGUUCGAGAUCAGGCCCCGGUGAUGGGAAUCGGAGGAGUCCCGGUACCUGUGGAAGGAAAGGUGAAAUUGGCACUGACCCUCGGAGAAGCACCCUUGGCUCGAACUCACUACGCAGUAUUCUUGGUGGUAAAGCUUCCCUUGAACUACAACGCCAUACUGGGAAGGCCGGUGCUGUAUGAUUUUGAGGUAGUGACCAGCAUCAGAUACCUGGCUAUGAAGUUCCCAACCGAAGCAGGAGUGGAAGUAGUCAGAGGGUGUCAGGAAGAGGCGAGAGCAAUAUACCUGGCCACAGUGUCGGAACCGAGCUCAGCAGGGGAAAAUUUUGACUCAGAAGUUCUAAAGGCCCGAGAUGAGAAGAAAGAAGCCAGAACGGAACCAGUCGAAGAACUGGAAACCUUCCCCUAUCAGAAACAGAAGCAGACAAGCUUUUCAGCCUCAAUGCUGGCUUAA